AUGGAGUAGUAAGCAAAGCCUCUACUUCCCAGGCCCCGCACCCGGGGUGUGGAACAGACAAAAGAACGGUUCUGCCCUUGCCCUUCUCGAACUUAAAAUCCAAUUCGCAAGGCAGGACUUACACAAAUUAAACCAAAUACAGUAUUAUGAGGAAAAGAGCCCCUGCGUGUAACAGUUGCCAAUGUAUGCUACACCAGUCAAAACUGAAAUACGAUUUGAAGGAGUUUUAAAUGAAGAGCUGGAGAAACACAUAAGAAGGCAGAUCUAAGAUGGAAGAAAAGGCGGAUUCGGGUUGAAACGCCAAGUUGAGGACUGAAGAAAGCAUUUGGAUAAAGCAGCCUCCAAGCUGGGAAGGAGAAAAGCCAAACGAGUAUAGCCACCAAAGACCCAGAAAGGCCAACAGAUCAUGCAGUGAGUCGGUUUAACUGAAAGGCGAUUUCCUUUUCCUCCAUUUGCUCAGUCCCAAUUGGAAGCGCACUGCGCGGCCUGCACCGCGCUCUCGGCCCGGGUUCGGCGUGGGGGCGGGGAGGUAAGUACGGUAAUGGGCGGGGCCGAGCGCGGGCGCGCUCCGGCUUUCCUCCUGCGCAGCGCUCCCGUCAGCGCAGGGGGCGGGGCGCCUAUAUUACGUGCGCGGCGCCGCUCCUGCGAGAGGACGUUGCGUGCUCGCUCGCGCCAGGCGAGUCUCCGCGUCUCCCUCGCGAACUCGGUGAAAGGAAUUGGCGCCGUUCGACACCAGGCGGAUCCGCUCUGCAGCACGAACCCAUCUCCAGCCGCAGCCGCAGCCGCCGCCCGGGCCGAGGAGCAGCCGCAGCAGCCGCCACCAGUGGCCGAGUGAGCGGAGCCGAGUUUGAGGCAGCGCCUAGCGGUGAAUCGGGGCCCUCACCAUGAGUUCCUCGCCUGUUAAUGUAAAAAAGCUGAAGGUGUCGGAGCUGAAAGAGGAGCUCAAGAAGCGACGCCUUUCUGACAAGGGUCUCAAGGCCGAGCUCAUGGAGCGACUCCAGGCUGCGCUGGACGACGAGGAGGCCGGGGGCCGCCCCGCCAUGGAGCCCGGGAACGGCAGCCUAGACCUGGGCGGGGAUUCCGCUGGGCGCUCGGGAGCAGGCCUCGAGCAGGAGGCCGCGGCCGGCGGCGAUGAAGAGGAGGAGGAAGAGGAAGAGGAGGAGGAAGGAAUCUCCGCUCUGGACGGCGACCAGAUGGAGCUAGGAGAGGAGAACGGGGCCGCGGGGGCGGCCGACUCGGGCCCGAUGGAGGAGGAGGAGGCCGCCUCGGAAGACGAGAACGGCGACGAUCAGGGUUUCCAGGAAGGGGAAGAUGAGCUCGGGGACGAAGAGGAAGGCGCGGGCGACGAGAACGGGCACGGGGAGCAGCAGCCUCAACCGCCGGCGACGCAGCAGCAACAGCCCCAACAGCAGCGCGGGGCCGCCAAGGAGGCCGCGGGGAAGAGCAGCGGCCCCACCUCGCUGUUCGCGGUGACGGUGGCGCCGCCCGGGGCGAGGCAGGGCCAGCAGCAGGCGGGAGGGGACGGCAAAACAGAACAGAAAGGCGGAGAUAAAAAGAGGGGUGUUAAAAGACCACGAGAAGAUCAUGGCCGUGGAUAUUUUGAGUACAUUGAAGAGAACAAGUAUAGCAGAGCCAAAUCUCCUCAGCCACCUGUUGAAGAAGAAGAUGAACACUUCGAUGACACAGUGGUUUGUCUUGAUACUUAUAAUUGUGAUCUACAUUUUAAAAUAUCAAGAGAUCGUCUCAGUGCUUCUUCCCUUACAAUGGAGAGUUUUGCUUUUCUUUGGGCUGGAGGAAGAGCAUCCUAUGGUGUGUCAAAAGGCAAAGUGUGUUUUGAGAUGAAGGUUACAGAGAAGAUCCCAGUAAGGCAUUUAUAUACAAAAGAUAUUGACAUACAUGAAGUUCGUAUUGGCUGGUCACUAACUACAAGUGGAAUGUUACUUGGUGAAGAAGAAUUUUCUUACGGGUAUUCUCUAAAAGGAAUAAAAACAUGCAACUGUGAGACUGAAGAUUAUGGAGAAAAGUUUGAUGAAAAUGAUGUGAUUACAUGUUUUGCUAACUUUGAAAGUGAUGAAGUAGAACUCUCCUAUGCUAAGAAUGGACAAGAUCUUGGCGUUGCCUUCAAAAUCAGUAAGGAAGUUCUUGCUGGACGGCCACUGUUCCCGCAUGUUCUCUGCCACAACUGUGCAGUUGAAUUUAAUUUUGGUCAGAAGGAAAAGCCAUAUUUUCCAAUACCUGAAGAGUAUACUUUCAUCCAGAACGUCCCCUUAGAGGAUCGAGUUAGAGGACCAAAGGGGCCUGAAGAGAAGAAAGAUUGUGAAGUUGUGAUGAUGAUUGGCUUGCCAGGAGCUGGAAAAACUACCUGGGUUACUAAACAUGCAGCAGAAAAUCCAGGGAAAUAUAACAUUCUUGGCACAAAUACUAUUAUGGAUAAGAUGAUGGUGGCAGGUUUUAAGAAGCAAAUGGCAGAUACUGGAAAACUGAACACACUGUUGCAGAGAGCCCCCCAGUGUCUUGGGAAAUUUAUUGAGAUUGCUGCCCGAAAGAAGCGAAAUUUUAUUCUGGAUCAGACAAAUGUGUCUGCUGCUGCCCAGAGGAGAAAAAUGUGCCUGUUUGCAGGCUUCCAGCGAAAAGCUGUUGUAGUUUGCCCAAAAGAUGAAGACUAUAAGCAAAGAACACAGAAGAAAGCAGAAGUAGAGGGGAAAGACCUACCAGAACAUGCGGUCCUCAAAAUGAAAGGAAACUUUACCCUCCCAGAGGUAGCUGAGUGCUUUGAUGAAAUAACCUAUGUUGAACUUCAGAAGGAAGAAGCCCAAAAACUCUUGGAGCAAUAUAAAGAAGAAAGCAAAAAGGCUCUUCCACCAGAAAAGAAACAGAACACUGGCUCAAAGAAAAGCAAUAAAAAUAAGAGUGGCAAGAACCAGUUUAACAGAGGUGGUGGCCAUAGAGGACGUGGAGGGUUCAAUAUGCGUGGUGGAAAUUUCAGAGGAGGAGCCCCUGGGAAUCGUGGCGGAUAUAAUAGGAGGGGCAACAUGCCACAGAGAGGUGGUGGCGGUGGAGGAAGUGGUGGAAUCGGCUAUCCAUACCCUCGUGCCCCUGUUUUUCCUGGCCGUGGUAGUUACUCAAACAGAGGGAACUACAACAGAGGUGGAAUGCCCAACAGAGGGAACUACAACCAGAACUUCAGAGGACGAGGAAACAAUCGUGGCUACAAAAAUCAAUCUCAGGGCUACAACCAGUGGCAGCAGGGUCAAUUCUGGGGUCAGAAGCCAUGGAGUCAGCAUUAUCACCAAGGAUAUUAUUGAAUACCCAAAUAAAACGAACUGAUACAUAUUUCUCCAAAACCUUCACAAGAAGUCGACUGUUUUCUUUAGUAGGCUAACUUUUUAAACAUUCCACAAGAGGAAGUGCCUGCGGGUUCCUUUUUUAGAAGCUUUGUGGGUUGAUUUUUUUUCUUUUCUUUUUUGUACAUUUUUAAUUGCAGUUUAAAAGUGAAUCGUAAGAGAACCUCAGCAUUGUGCACGAUAAGAGAAUGUGUCAGUAUUUCAGGGUUCUACAUUUUAUCUGUAAAAUGUGACUUUUUUUUUUUUUUUAUCACAACAGAAGUAAAAUGUUGCUUUGUACCUGGUGUCUUUUAUUAAGAAUUUACUCCCCCCAUUUCUCACAGAGAAUAACAGUCGGGAGUCAUUGUCACAAUAUAAUAGAAAUGUUAGCAACCAGAUUCAUGUAAGGACUAAGUGGUCCUCAUGAAUUGCAUUAAGACUCUGUACUGCUCAUAUUACACUCCAUCCUCUCUGUAGUUUGCUGGGUAGUGGAGGGGGUAAGCUAAAUCAUAGUUUCUGACAAUAACUGGGAAGGUUUUUUCUUAAAAUAACAAUGGAAUUGGUAUAAUUGGGAUUGAAAACUAAAACUUGGAACUAAGAUAGAGAAGAUGGAGUGUAUGUAGAAGGGCUGUUAAAAAUGUAAAACUUGGUUGCAUUAUUUGUGGAGGCUCAAACUUGUGAAGGUUAAUACCAUAAUUUUUCCAUUUGUUCUGCAUUUUGAUUCUGAAAAGAAAGCUGGCUUUGCCCAUUUCUUAUUAAAAAAACUUGUUGUAAAUCCAGUUGUCUAAUGGGAUCUAUAUGAAGUUAGCCAUGUCUGUAUGCCCUUCUCCCACAAAAUACUGUAUAACUAGUGUGCUUGUAGUAGUUAACUCCACCAUCUUUGUAAGCUAAUGAAAUUGUGAGUCACCCAUUUAUAUCUUAAUUUUUAAUCAUGUCAGUUCUUGAAUGGGUAUCUCCUUAGCCUGCUGAUUUCUUUUUCUUUCUAAAGAAAGUGGGUGGAGAAAUUAAUUUAGACGUUUGUUUGCAAUAAAAAGAAUUCAUUUUA